AUGAAACAUUACUUAGACUCUUAUAAACUAGCUGACGAUGAGAGGAAGAAAAUUGAGGAAUUUCUUUCACUUAUUCAGAAUGCUCAAAAUUCUGCCGAGUUUCAGCAGUUAGCGUUUAAUAUUUUAGCUGCACGAAAGUUUUCUGUUCCACAGGCCCUGGAGUUGUAUCAUAGUUAUCAGGCAUUUCUGGCCAGUGAACAGAUCACUCGUGUAGAUCCAUUCGAAGAGGAUGUUAGACGUGAAUUAUUAUCUGGAAAAUUUGUCAUCCUGAAUGAUAAUGAUAUACCUGGUGUUCGCGUAGCUCAAUUCUUUGUCAGAUUGCAUCGAAAAUCAGGAAAUCAUCGAGCAUUGUUACACAGUAUUAUUUUUCAGUUGGAUGCUGCCUUGAAAAGAGAAACAGCUGCCAGAAAUGGUUUGGUCUUCAUCUUCGAUAUGACUGAUUCAAAAUAUUCCAAUUUCGAUUAUACUUUUUCUUGUAAGCUAUUCAAAAUGCUACGUUCUUCUUAUCCUGUACGUCUUCGACGUGUGCUAAUCCUAACUGCUCCUCUAUGGUUCCGUGCUCCCUUUUUGUUAAUGCGAGUGUUUAUUCGAGAAUUAUUUCAAGAUUGUGUAUAUGUACUUCGACCAUCACCUGGAACAAAGUUAGAAGCACUUAGUCAUCCCGACCCAAUUACUCUAAAACGUGAUCAUUACGCUUGGCUUCAGACUGCAUUACUACGAACUGGAUGGCUAAUGACUGAAGCUGAACAGGCAACAUUACCCAAUAGUCAUCGUGUUCAAACAGCUGCUGCAUUCUUUGGUCCAGCUUCAGAGUCUAGUGGGUCGAUAUCGGAUUCUAGUGAUUCUGAAUUCCGUGAUGAUGAUGAUUCUUUUUCCAAUAGUCAAGUAGAUGAAGAUGACUUAAUCAGUGUUGGUGAUUUGGAUCCAUUCUCCUUGACUAGUUCAUAUUCAGGUGAAGCUGAAAACUCAGACUUAGAAGAAUGUACUCCUGAUGUGAUCAUGAAAACACUGUCAUCCUCUAACUUGGAGGUAAUUAAUGAUAUUAAUUACAAUUCAAAGUCAGCUCUUAACUACUCGGAUGCACGCACAUACGAUCAGAAACGUCAAACACUGUCAAAUUCAGAGCAUGGUGGAACACCUACUCCUCCAACAGUUGCCAAGCGUCAACAGUUAACAACUACGGAGAAUUUGAAUGAUCCUAGUGUUGCAUCAGAUCGUUCAAAUAGUCAUCCAGUUGUUAAUCGCCCUUCAACGGUUACUGCUUCUGCUAACCAUAAUACAGGUUUCAAUGAAGAUAUUUCUUCUACGCGUAUUGAUCCUGUAACACCUACAGCAGAUAAGUCUGUAGUUCCUCCAGCAAGUACUGAUUGUGACAAUCCUGGUGAACGUAAUUCAUUGUGUUCAUCUACCACAUCUUUCUUCUCAACUGGGUCUGCUGCUUUACAUUCUACAAAGUGUAGUCCAACGAAUGAUAAACUUAUAAGCCAAAUACUAACAUCAUGUUCACCGAGAACUGGAUUCGAAAGGCGUAGCUCAUCGAAAUGUUCACAUGAAGCCUCAGUUUUGUCAACCUCUAAAGAUCAUGAUUUACCGCUUGCUGAUGCUGAUUGUUUCGAUGUGACACAUUUCUCCAAUGUUCAAAAUAAAUCUGCACCACUUGCACAAGAUGAAAUCGGUGAGCAAACAAUUGGUGACAAUAAAUUUCGAAGUCAAAUACAUCCUAGAAUAUCAGGGAAUAUUCCUUCUUGGGCGAUUGGACGACCUCAGGGUGAAUCUAUUCAUCAAUUCUGCGAUAGUGUAUAUCCUUCAGAACCACUAGCCUUAAGGAAAAAUGAUAAUAAUGAUAUUGAUGAGACAACAAUUCAUGUGAAUCAGUUAAAUCCAUCGUCUUCAAAAUAUUUAAUUUCUUCAAGUUUUGAUAAAUUUCCUGAAUGGGAUAAUUCACCUUCACUACUGCAUACUUCAUCUAUUGUUAAUAACACUUCAAGAUGUAUUCCUACCACAACUAUAAACACUGGUAAUGACAAUCAUCGAGAACUAUUAUUGUCAGAAAGACAAAAGACUUAUGAUGAAAUCGAUGCCAAUAUGAUUGAGAUUAAUAGUACCACAUCAAGUAGUGAUGGAGAGAUCUCUGAUAACGGUGAUAUGGAGGAGGAGGAGGCUGGAGAGGAUGAAGAUGAUUUCGAGCCUGAAGAAGACGAUGAUGAUGAUGAAAUUCAAACAAUAAAUAUGCAAGAGCAUUGGAUGAAUCCAGAUGAAUUGGUUCAACAUGUGAAAACUGUUGGUUUGAACGGAUUGAAUUCAGAAUAUAGUGCUAUUGUACAGUUGAAGAAUGAAGAUACACAUAUUGCCUUCAAACAUAUUCUCAAUCGAAAUAAGAAUCGUUAUUGUGAUGUAAUUUGUAAUGAUACAUCUCGUGUUUAUCUUCAACCAUUAUUAUCGGAUAUCUCUGGAAUUUUAUCCUGUCGAAGUAGUAGUGAUGAUUCAAGUUCUUGUAAUACUCAAAAAUCGCUUACUUCACGUCUUCAUCGAACUCAUUCAGCACCGAUCUCUACACAUACAUUGGUAAAAAAUUAUAUACAUGCGAAUUGGGUUGAUGGCUAUCGACAGAAGAAUGCUUUCAUAUGUACUCAGGGUCCAUUGUCCGAAACUGUUGGUGAUUUUUGGCAAAUGAUUUGGGAUUAUCAUUGUCCUGUUAUUGUUAUGAUUACCAAAAUUCUUGAAGCUCAGCGUUCCAAGUGCUAUUUAUAUUGGCCAGAUUCAGAAAAUCAAAAGUUAUACUUCAGUUCUGGUCAUCCAGGUUGUUUGGUUGCACCAUCUGGUCGACCGACUACUAGUAGUAGUAGUCUUCUUGCAAAGUCUGAUAUCACACCUGACUUUCUAAUUGAAAAUGUCAAAUGUGAAGGCAAUGGGAAUUUCGCUCAAACAACACUUCGAUUAACAAAUUUACAGCUGAAUGAAAUACGGACUAUUGAACAUUUCGCUUUUUUUUCAUGGCCUGAUCAUGGAACACCUCAGACAACUGCAGGUCUAUUGGAUUUGCUCACUUCUGUUCAAUCCACAUAUUUGAAAGCGAUUGAACAAAUAGGAUACACAUCUUAUGAAGAUCAAGAGAUUCCACCUCCGCCAGUUGUGGUUCAUUGUAGUGCAGGUAUCGGGAGAACAGGCACCUAUGUGACCGUUGAUAUCUGUACAAAAUGGUUAACUGAUCCACGUAAUCUAGAGCAUAAAAUCAAUAUUCCUUUAACAGUUAGUCGAGUUCGUUCACAACGUUUUGGUUGUGUUCAAGUACCAUCACAAUAUGUUUUUUGUUAUCGUGCAAUUAUUGAUUUGCAUCAAACUGCUUUAAACACCUUGAUUACAGAGUCUAAUUCACAGAUAUCAACAGUCCCCACUACUUUUUAUCAUCAAUCAUCUUCUUUGCCUAGACCAUUCUGCGGAAUUCUACCAAACUAUGUAAACAAUGUAAGCAAGACAUCAUCAACAUUUCAACAACACUGUCUUACUACAUCAUCGUUGAUUACAUCAGUUAACUCUUCGAAUAGUUGCUCUUCUUCUACUCUCAAUCAUCAUCAUGAAAAUAAUCGUAGUCCAUUCCAUGAAUUAUUGGCGUUAUUUACACCGGUUAAUCUGGCUUCCAUUAAAAAUUCUAUUCGAUUUAGAAAAUUGAAAGAAGAGUUGAUUGGUUCUGAGUUUCCUACAGAAAAUGGUAUACUUGAUGUUGAAACUUGUCUUUAG